AUCUCCUUUUUAUGAUUUUAAUAUCACACCACCUUUCUACCUACGUUUUAUAUAAAUCAUCUCUAACCAGACACUUUACCUCCAAAGAAACGAAAAGGGAAAAAAUGGGGAAUUGUCUAAGGCAUGAGUCAGAAACGCACUGGUCUGGUGAAGAUUGGGAUGAUGGUUUCAUCACAGAACAUGAAGAAGAACAAGAUCAUCAUCAUAGCUCUAAGACAACAUCCAUUAAGGCUGGUGAAACAGUAAUUGUCGCGCAAGACAGUAAACCAUCUCAUCAUGAGAUCAAGAUCAGGCUCACGAAGAAGCAACUCCAGAAUCUACUGAAUCAAGUCAACGUCCAUGACCUGACCGGUUCUGAUCAUAAAACUGAAGAUGGCAGCCAUCACCGGUUAUGGACACCGGUUCUUCACAGCAUACCGGAGGUUUAGUUGAAUCUUUUUCCGAGAGAUAUAUCAGACCAUGUUGUAUAUUCACUAGGGGUUAAAGUUAGGAUUUUGAUGUAAAUUUUCGAAUUAGUACACAACAUUUCUCCUUUUUGUUUAUUUGUCAGAUUGUAAAUAUGAAUAUAAUAAAUCUA